AUGAAUCUGCCGCAGGAUACUGUUAAGGAGUAUCUACUGAGCGCCUUAAAUAUCCUUCAGUUUCUCGGUAUUAGGGUCGAGAAUCGAUUUCGCUUGCGUGAAACGGGUUUGGCGUCAGUGAUGCUUGGCAGCGUUGCCCCGAGAAACCACCACAUCCAGGGAUUUGCAAACAACUUCUGGGGCAAAGAUGACGCUGGCGUGGCCCCAAUGCUAGAACGAGUUCACAAUGCCAAAACCACUUGCGACGAACUGAAAGCCUUCUAUAGCACCCGCGCUGCCAUAGAGGAUGAAUACGCAAGAAAGCUCCUAAUACUAUGCCGGAAAGCCCUUGGUUCUAGUGAAUCCGGGACGUUGCGCACAUCUCUCGAUACUGUUCGCGGAGAGACAGAAACGAUUGGGAAGACACACGCAGCUAUUGCUUCUCAGAUGAAAAGCGAGUUAGAAGAACCGCUAGCUGCUUUUGCUGGCGGUAUGAAAGAACGCCGUAAGAUUGUACAGAAUGGUAUUGAAAGGCUUCUUAAAAUCAAAAUGCAACAAAUGCAAGCUGUCAACAAGUCGCGAGAUCGCUAUGAACAAGACUGCCUCCGAAUCAAAGGCUAUUUGGCCCAAGGACAUAUGGUCAUGGGACAAGAGGAACGCAAAAAUAAGGCAAAAUUGGAAAAAACACAGAUACAACUAGCGUCUAACAGCAGCGAAUACGAAGCAGCCAUAAAAGUUCUCGAAGAAACAACUGGCCGCUGGAAUAAAGAAUGGAAGGUUGCUUGCGAUAAGUUUCAAGACCUAGAGGAAGAACGGCUGGAUUUUACGAAGAGCAGCCUAUGGAAUUAUGCGAAUAUAGCUUCGACAGCGUGCGUUAGUGACGAUGCUAGUUGUGAGGUUGAAAAGGAUAUCAGCACGUUUAUAAUGGAGAGAGGGACGGGACAGGAGAUUCCUGAUCCACCCAAAUAUAUUAAUUUUUGCCGCGGUGACCUUAACGAUACCGUGUCAGAGACGUCAGAGGAAGAGAGCUAUUCAGUUGCGCAAUUUCAGAGGACUAUUAAUCCAGCAUACCGAAGCGCUUCGCCGGCACCUUCUACUUACGAAUCCCAUCACGACUCACAGGCAAAUCUCAUGACGACGCCAGUAACGCAUACUGAUCCUUCCACAUCAGCAAGCCGAGAAACUACUGUGACCCCACAGCGAUCGCAUCAACCACAGCAGCAGUCGCAACAGCAGAAACAGCCGCCGCAACAAUUACAGGAGCAGCAACCCCCGCCGCUUGACCUCCGACGUGGAGGGCACGUUCCGCCUAAUUAUCAGCCAACCCAACAUGGAGAUAUCCCCAAUGUACCUCACAACGAGUAUCCCACGGACGGCAUGACAAUGUUCUGCAGAACUGGACCGCCUUCGGAAAGAAGCAGUGGAACCACUGCCAAUCGGCCAUCUAGCAGGGACUCCUAUAGUGACAUCUCUAAUCUAACUUCGUUCUCUAGUGUGGAGGCACCAGGUGCGAAACAAUCUCCGAAGAAAGUGGUUAACGGCACUGCUCUUCCCGGGAUGAUUGGCGGUAAACAGGUCCAGAAGAAAAGAAGUGGUUUUUUUAGCAAUAGCCCCUUCCGGAGGAAAAGUAAGCACGAUAAGGAGCGUCAAACAGCACCAUCGAUCACUGCCCCUGUGAACCGCAACACUUGGUCUGCCCCGCCGCAAAAACAAAUAAGCCCAGUUAAGCCUGCAUAUCAAAAGCCAAUAUACAGCGUCAGUCGCCAUUCGGGAACGCCUGAACCCGUUGACCCAUGCGCCAACUUCCAGCUAAACAUUGGCAACAAUGUUUUCGAUGUUGCUUCUCCUGAUGGUGUCCCUUCGGGGGCUACAAGUACGAAGAAAGAAGACGACCUCGACCCCAUAGCCCAAGCUCUCGCGGAUCUUAAAGGUGUGGGGAAACAAUCAUCGGUCCGUGUCUCGGCCGAUCGAUAUCACGGAAUUAGUACCCCGGUUCCCCCAAGUGUUACUUCUAGCCACAUAACAGAUGUGAACAUAUCUGCUGCUCAGAGUGGCACCCCGCCUCCGGCAUACAAUGAUUCGUCAGUGAAAAGACUUGGUGCUCCCCAACCAGCAUUUACAUCAGCACAGAUGCAGAAAACAACUCGUAAAUAUGUCGGGCAGACCCAGGAGAUGUUUAAUAGCCACUCUUCUCGUACGAGCCAGGCAGAAAACACAGUCAACCAGGCAAUUCCCCGGGCUGUGUCCCCUGCACCACAAAGGAGCUUGAGCCCCCAGCCGCCCCCGUCGCGUGGAGGGGAGCAGCGCCAGCAAUACGAAGGCCAAAAAGAUCCCAGCCCUGCUUCUUACCACUCCCACUCAGCCAGUAUGAACAGUAGAUAUCGCCAAUCUCCAACUGUUACCCCGACAAAGGUAAUUGCUAGUCAUCCGUAUUCGCCACGGCAGUACUCGUCUCACGGGUCUCCCAACGACAUCCAUUCGCAACGGUCAGUUUCGCCUCAACCACAAUUCAGACGGCAGGAAAGGCCAUCUAGUGCGAGCGGAAUGGAGCUUCAGUUGUCACAUAGCCACAUUGAUCCAUAUGGCGGGGGCCAUACUCCUGAUUAUAGAAAUCACGGUAGCCGGGGAGGCAACCCACGGCCGAUGUCAAUGUACUAUGGCUCAGCACCGGACGUUACCCAAGGCAGCCGUGCAAGAAGCAGGAGUGUCGCAACUGCAGAUGGUAAUCGGCAGCUUAGCGUGGAUGUGCGUCCUGUCUUACAUUAUGGUAAGUCAAAUAUAUCUUCUCAGUUUUCGUGCAUUUAUUCCUUUCCUCACUGA